AUGUCUCGACCUGGUACUACACUCUAUGUCACCGGCUUCGGGCACGGGACCCGAGCUCGCGACCUUGCCUACGAAUUCGAACGAUAUGGACGUCUUGUCCGCUGUGACAUCCCAGCGCCGCGUACCCCUUCCAGCAGACUGUUUGCCUUUGUGGAGUACGAGAGCCGCCGCGACGCAGAUGAUGCAUACCAUGAAAUGCAUAAUAAGCGGAUUGGCCGCGAUGAUCUGUUGAAAAUUGAGUGGGCGCGUACUCCUCCAUCUGCUUCUUGGCGUUUUGACUCUGGCCGGGACCGGCGACGUGACCGUACUCCGCCACGACGUGGCCGCUCUCCUUCUCCUAGACGUGGUCGUGGCGACUAUUCUCCCCGAAGGGACGACAGGUACGAACGAGAUUAUGACCGACAUGACCGCGACUAUGACCGCCGCGAUCGCGACUAUGAUCGCCGUGACCGGGAUUAUGAUCGCCGCGACCGGGACCGUGAACGUUCCCGUGACCGCUCUCGAAGCCCUGAUGAGAGGGACCGCGAUAUCAAGGAUGAAAGGGAGCGCCGUGAUGACGAUCGUGAACGACGCGAGGACGAGCGGGAGAACAUCCCCAAUGGUGAAGACAGGAAAGUCCCCUUAGAACCCUUGACCUCCGCUCAUGAUGAGCUUGAUACAGCCGAGUAG